AUGGAAGAACAACUGAAAGUGCUGGUUCAUCAGAGAGGGGCAGUGAAAGGGAAGUUGACGCGUGUGCAAAGUGCUUUGCGACAUAGUGAUGAAGAUCCGAACCCGAACAUUUUGAACGUUCACUUCCUGCAGCUUCACCAAAAGACGGUGGAGCAUUGUUACCGCGAGUACAAUGACUUUCAGAACAAGAUUUAUGCACUACCCCUCUCUUAUGAACGCCGUGCUGAACAAACUGCAAAAUACGUGGAUUUUGAAACGCUCCACAACGACGUGGUCAUCCGACUCAGUAUGCUGCUAGAGCAGGCUACGAAGGCAGCGGUAGCUAACGUGGCUCCUACUUCCAAAUUGGUCGCCGGUCCCACGGCGGUGCUCCAGAACCCUUCGCAGCAGUUGAUGUACCCAGCCCAGCCCUACCUACCCCCGUUACAAGUCCCGCUGCCGACCUUCGACGGGUCAUAUGAGAAAUGGUUUUCCUUCAAAUCGAUGUUCACAACGGUCAUGAAUCGGUACAGACAGGAAGAGCCGGCGUUGAAAUUAUACCACCUUCGAAACUGCCUCGUCGGUCCAGCUGCCGGUGUCAUCGACCAGGAUCUAGUCAACAACAACGACUAUGAUGCCACAUGGUUGGUGUUGGAACAGAGAUAUGAAGAUAAGCGAAUCAUUAUCGACAAGCAUAUUGAGAACCUGUUUAACUUGCCAAAAGUUGGACAGGACAACGCGGUGAACAUGAGGAAGAUGAUCGACGUUUGCAUGAAGAAUGUGGACGCCCUGAAGAAUCAGCAGCUGCCAGUAGCUGGGCUUGGGGAACAGAUGCUGGUGAACCUCAUUGCUGCGAAGAUGGACAAAAAGCUGCGUGUUGCCUGGGAAGCCCGUCAGAAAAAGGGAGUUCUGCCGACGUAUGCUGCGACGCUGGAUUUUCUACAAGAACAAUGUCGAAUCUACGAGAAGAUCGACACGAAGUCGCCGACGGAGAGUGUAAAACCGAAGGUGGCAAAAGGCCACACACUAGUGUCAACCAGUGAAAUGAAAAACGAACAUAAGUGUCCAGUGUGUAAAGCAGCUCACGAACUUUGGAAAUGUGAGUGUUUCAAGAACAAAAGUGUGAGUGAAAAAUAUGAUGUACUGAAGCGAUGCGGUGCCUGCUUCAACUGCUUGACCAGGGGACAUCGAACCAACGUGUGUUCGUCGACACGUUCUUGUCGUGAGUGUAGCAAGAAACAUCACACCUUGCUACACACCGAGGACGCUUCCAGGGCUGCAAUUGCAAAGCCAACAGAAUCCCCUGCGACACCGAAAGUGAAACCAACCGGCACUCCGAACGCCGGUAAUCUAUCGGGAACGACGACUCUGUGUGCAAGUGUCGAAGGGACGAUGAAACAAACGCUGCUGUCGACUGCAGUGGUGUUGGCGUAUGGGUUGUGCAGCACUCCCUACCCAUGCCGAGUGCUCCUGGAUUCCGCAUCGCAAAUGAGUUUUGUAACGGAAAGAUUUGCGAAUCUGCUGUCACUGAAACUGGACCCAGCUGAUUAUACAGUCAGUAGUCUGAACGGCAACCACACACGAAUUCGUCGCAUGCUGCGGACCACAGUAAAAUCCUGCCACGGAGAUUUUGCUGUCGACCUUGACUUGCUGGUGACUCCUCGUAUCACUGGCGACUUGCCCGUGAAAUCCUUCGAUAUUUCCGAUUGGUCUAUCCCAAGCAAAGAAGAUUUAGCCGAUCCAACAUUCAACGAACGAGGACGCGUCGAUAUGUUAGUUGGCGCUGAACACUUCUGGGAUCUUCUGCAAAAUGAUAGGAUCGAACUCGGCCCGAAUUUGCCGACUCUGACCAGCACCAAGCUUGGUUGGAUCGCCGGAGGAGUAAUUGCGAGCGACGCGCCAGUCGUUGCGCACACCUUCUGUCAGACUGCCGAGGAUGAACCCCUUAUCGAGCUUCUGAAGAGUUUCUACAGAGUGGAAGCAUGUGACGAGAUUCGCCUGGUCCCUAAGGCGGAUGACGAGCGGUGCGUGGAACAUUUUUCUCGUACUCAUCAGCGCACCGAAGCGGGGAGAUAUGUUGUUCAGCAUCCCUUCAACGAACGGAGGCACGAGCUGGGCGAUUCACGCGAAAUGGCGCUGAGGCGCUUUCUGAACCUUGAACGAAAAUUGGACAGGCAACCGGAAUUAAAGGAGCAGUACUCGCAGUUCAUUCGAGAAUACCAGCAGCUGGGCCACAUGCGCGAGGUGCAGGUGGAUCACAAGGAGGAUCCCGGCUCGGUAUAUUAUCUACCCCAUCACUGCAUACUGCGGCCAACGAGCGCGACGACCAAACUGAGGGUCGUAUUUGAUGGUUCUGCCAAAUCAUCUUCCGGAGUUUCCAUCAACGACGUUCUGAUGACCGGGCCAACCAUUCAGAAUGACCUCUUCGCAAUUCUUCUACGAUUCAGGGGAUUUCAGUAUGUCUUCACGUUGGAUAUUCCCAAGAUGUUCCGCCAGGUCGACGUACACCCGCAAGACACGAAAUAUCAACGUAUUUUCUGGCGGUAUAAUCGAGAGGAACCUGUGACCGUUCAAGAGCUAACAACGGUUACGUACGGGCUCGCGCCAUCUCCGUUUCAGGCGACCAUGGCGCUCAAGCAGACUGCUGUGGAUCAUCAGGACGAAUUUCCUGGAGCUGUGAAGGUCAUCGAGAAGAAUACGUACAUGGACGACAUCCUUACCGGUGCUGAUUCUAUAGCAGCAGCUUGCCAAUUGCAACAAGAAGUGACAGGUCUGUUGACAAAGGGCUACUCGAUGCUCACAAGUGUGACGGACGAUAACUCGAAAACGACAGUGAAGACGUUGGGCGUGACGUGGAAUCCAGCCGAGGACUGGUUUUCCGUGUCAGUUUCCGAAGACAUCAUCGAUGAAUUGACGAGGAGAAAACUGUUGAGUCAGCUGGCAAAAAUAUUCGAUCCUCUGGGCUUUUUUGGUCCGGUGCUCACAACUGCGAAAUUGAUGCUACGAGAGGUCGGUGAACUGCAAAUCGACUGGGAUGAUGCGGUACCCGGCGAAAUCAAUUCUAAAUGGCGAAGCUUGCGAAACGAAAUGGUUCUUCUGAACGAUAUGCAUAUGCCAAGGUGGAUCUCCUGGGAGGGGCCGCUUCAACUGGAACUGCACGGCUUCUCGGAUGCCUCCGACUUGGCCUACGGGGCAUGCUUGUAUACGCGAGGAGUUUUUCCUGACGGUUCCGUGCGGAUGAACCUGAUUUGCAGCAAGUCUCGUAUCCUGCCAAAAAAUAAAGCAAAGGAAAAAGCUAUUACGACGCCUCGUGCUGAGCUCCUGGCGGCAUUACUGCUCGCCAAACUGAUUGUGAAGUUUUUGGACGCCACUGAGUUGGAAUUCUCAUCGAUCAACCUCUGGAGCGACUCCAGAAUAGUGUUGGCAUGGAUCGGGAAGUCACCGCACAUGCUGAACACCUACGUCUCGAAUCGGGUAAGUGAGAUUCAAAGCUUAGUUCCAAAUUUCCAUUGGCGGUAUAUACCUACGGACGAAAAUCCUGCUGACCUGAUAUCCCGGGGAGAGCAACCGAAGAAGCUUUUGGCAUCCAAGAUGUGGUGGCACGGCCCGCCUAUGCUGAAUGCUCUUACCGACGCGGAGGAGGGACCAGAAAUACCUGAUGAAGAGCUCCCUGAAAUGCGGACCGGAGUUGCACUGGCUUUGACGACUCCCGUUGGACGAAUGACAAUUUUUGACAGAGUGAGCAGCUUUACCAAGGUCGUCCGGUGCAUGGCCUACUUGACGCGCUUUGCAAGGUACAUCAUGUCCAACAAGACGAAGGUGGUGAAGGGCCCGCUCGCGGCUGAAGAAAUUAUGAAGGCGAUCCUGUUGAUAGUGCGAAUGGUCCAACAUGAAGCGUUCCAGUCAGAAAUACGUGCACUACGGGACGGUGCUGACACAAAGCAUCGGCUGAAUGGAUUGAAAGCGUUCUUGGACAACGAAGAUGGUAUCCUGCGAGUAGGAGGUCGGAUCAAGCGAGCCUUCAUUCCCUACGACAGUCGUCAUCAAAUGAUACUUCCAGCGAAGCAUCCGAUCACCGAAGCACUCGUCCGACAUUUGCAUCAGGAGAAUCUGCACAUCGGGCAGAAGGGUCUGCUCGGCAUUGUACGACAACGCUACUGGCCGUUGAAUGUGAAGGCCACGAUUCGUAAGGUAAUUCGGAAUUGUAUGGUCUGUUUCAAGGCGAACCCACUGAAAACGACGCAAAUGAUGGGUGACCUACCGUCCUACCGGAUUCGACCAGCUCCCGUGUUCUCAAACACCGGAGUUGACUACGCUGGGCCGUUUUGGAUUAAAUCGUCUUCUACGGCACGUAAACCUUUCAUCACUAAGGGGUACGUGUGCUUAUUUGUAUGUAUGCAGACCCGUGCUAUUCAUCUUGAAUUGGUCUGUGAUCUAACGACGGAUGCGUUUCUCGCAGCAUUGAGACGCUUCACAAGCCGGCGAGGAUGUCCGAAGACGAUGCGUUCCGAUAAUGCGACCAACUUUGUUGGAGCCAAGACGGAGUUACACGAGUUAUGGCAACUGUUCCAGAACCAAUAUGCUACCAAGAAUAUCAUUAGCUUCUGCACCGAAAAGGGAAUAGACUGGUCGUUCAUCCCGCCAAGAAGCCCCCACUUUGGCGGAAUAUGGGAGGCCGGAGUCAAGCAGGUCAAACACCACUUGACCCGAAUCGUUGGGGACCGGAAGCUGUCGUACGAAGAGUUGUACACCACCCUAACGCAAAUUGAAGCGGUGCUGAAUUCUCGACCGCUGGCGCCUUGCUCAGACGAUCCAAGUGACUAUACUGCAAUAACACCAGCACACUUUUUGAUCGGGCGUGAGAUGCAAGCGGUUGCGGAACCAUCCUACCUCGACCUGAAACCGAAUACUCUGUCGAGGUGGCAACUUGUGCAAAGCAUGCCCGCAUAA